GCAAAUAUUUUUUUCAAAAAAAAAAAACUCCUCUAUAAAAGCACAUAAACCAUGUUCAAACAGAUAAGAAACCAGCCUGCAGCUUUCUUUUGAUAGAGUGAAAAAAAUGGCAGAGAACAGAGAGGAAGAUGUGAGGGUGGGAGCGAACAAGUUCAGAGAGACACAACCGCUGGGCACGGCGGCGCAGAGCGACAAGGACUACAAGGAGCCACCGCCGGCACCCUUAUUCGAGCCGGGCGAGCUCACCUCCUGGUCCUUCUACCGGGCCGGGAUCGCCGAGUUCAUGGCCACCUUCUUGUUCCUCUACAUCACAAUCUUGACCGUCAUGGGCGUCAAGCGCUCCGACGGCGGCCUCUGCAAGUCCGUCGGGAUUCAGGGCAUCGCCUGGUCCUUCGGCGGCAUGAUCUUCGCCCUCGUCUACUGCACCGCCGGCAUCUCCGGCGGCCACAUAAACCCCGCCGUGACUUUCGGGCUGUUCCUCGCGAGGAAGCUGUCCCUGACGAGGGCGGUUUUCUACAUGGUGAUGCAGUGCCUGGGCGCGAUCUGCGGCGCCGGCGUGGUGAAGGGGUUCAUGAAGGGGCCGUACGAGGUGAGCGGCGGCGGCGCUAACAUGGUGGGCUCCGGUUACAGCAGGGGAGACGGCCUUGGGGCGGAGAUUGUCGGGACUUUUGUCCUCGUCUACACCGUCUUCUCCGCCACCGACGCCAAGAGAAGCGCCAGGGACUCUCAUGUUCCGAUAUUGGCGCCACUUCCGAUCGGGUUUGCGGUGUUCUUGGUGCACUUGGCGACGAUUCCGAUCACGGGGACGGGGAUAAACCCGGCGAGGAGCCUGGGAGCGGCGAUUAUCUACAACAGGGACGAGGCUUGGGACGACCACUGGAUCUUCUGGGUGGGGCCCUUCAUCGGCGCCGCUCUUGCCGCUCUCUACCACCAGAUCAUCAUCAGAGCCAUCCCCUUCAAGUCCAGGCCUUAACUUCUUCAUUCAAUCAAUCAUUAAACCCUAUUCCAUACUUCCACCAUCUUGCAUAUAUAGCGGCUUCUCCUUAUUUAUAUGUAUACUUCAUUAAUGCUUCAUUUUCAUCUUCUUUUUCCCUGUGAGUUGAGAUGUUUGGUUUUUUGUAAAAAAAAACAAUGUACCCU